CCCUUCCUUCCUUCCUUCCUUCGCCCUUUCCGCCCGUCUUCCUCCUCCAGUAAUAUUCACAGCCAUUGCCGGCUCUCCCUCUUUCUCUCUCGCUCUCUCUCUCUCUCUGUCUCUCUCUCUCCCUCCCUCGAUCCCUAAUCGAUCGACCAAUGCGAACAUCAGCAUCGGAAGAGAUCGCUGGGUAGGUAGCAGCGAUGCCGAGCGUGGCCGUGAAACUCUACAGCAUCAUCUUCAAGAUCCUCCUCAAGCACAAGCUCCAAUUGCUCCACCAGGCGGCGAUUGAGGGCGCGACCAGCCCCUUCGGCAUCACCUCCCGCCCCGACGAGUCCGCCGUUCCCGCCAACCCGUCCUUCGGCCCCGACGGCGUCGCCACCAAGGACAUCCACGUUGACCCCCUCACCUCCCUCUCCCUCCGCCUCUUCCUCCCAGACUCCUCCCUCGACCGCGCCCCCCGCGACAACGGCGGUGCCUACGGGGGAUACCUCCCCUCCGUGGCCGACGCGCGUCGCCGGUCGGCCGGGCCUCGGAAACUGCCUGUGGUCCUGCAGUUCCACGGGGGGGGGUUCGUCUCCGGGAGCAAUACGUCGGCGGCCAACGAUUUCUUCUGCAGGAGAGUCGCCAAGCUGUUGGAUGUGAUCGUGAUCGCCGUCGGGUAUAGGCUGGCGCCGGAGAGCCGGUACCCUGCGGCUUUUGAGGAUGGGCUGAAGGUGCUGUAUUGGUUGGGGAAGCAAGCGAAUCUGGCUAACUGCAUUAAGUCGAUGGGGCGCACAAAGGGAGGUGGCGGUGGGGACAUCAGCAAGUCGCAGAUUGCCGAUGCCUUGGGGGCGUCAUCAGUCGAGCCGUGGUUGGCAGCUCACGGUGAUCCUUCCAGAUGUGUUCUUCUUGGUGUGAGCUGCGGUGCUAAUAUUGCUGAUUUUGUGGCUCGAAAGGCAGUUGAAGCCGGAAAACUUGCAGAGCCAGUUAAGGUUGUUGCCCAGGUCCUGAUGUAUCCCUUCUUCACUGGAAGUGCACCCACACGAUCGGAAAUAAAACUAGCAAACUCUUACUUCUAUGACAAGGCCUUGUGCUUGCUUGCUUGGAAGUUGUUCUUACCCGAGGAGGAGUUCAGUUUAGACCAUCCGGCUGCAAACCCUGUUGUUUCUGGGUGGGGACCACCAUUGAAAUGCAUGCCUCCAACCCUCACUGUGGUUGCAGAACAUGACUGGAUGAGGGAUCGAGCAAUUGCAUACUCCGAGGCGCUCCGAAAAGUGAAUGUUGAUGCACCAGUCCUAGAAUACAAGGAUGCAGUUCAUGAGUUUGCCACACUAGACAUGCUCCUCAGGACACCUCAGGCACUAGCCUGUGCUGAUGAUAUCGCCAUAUGGGUGAAGAAGUAUAUAUCAAUACGCGGACAUGAAUUGUCAUAUUAGUUCUGGCGGUUUUAUGGGACAUCUUGCUUUUUCUUUAACCAGGCUGCAAUUUUAGAUGAAUCUGAGUAUCCAAUUUGAUGAGUAGAUUCUUUCAUGAUAUUUCUGUAUGUGGCAACUUGCAAGGCUAUGGCUCUGUUGGUUAUCAUGCUUUUCCUCGUAGCUCUCAUUCUUUUAUUUCUUUCCAUAUUUCCUGUAAUAUAUAGUCAUGUAAACUGUAGACCACUAAUAUAAUAGCAAAGUCUCUCCAAUUUCA